UUCAUAGUCCAGAAGAGAAUGGAGAAGAAAAUGAAGGGUUGGUCUGUAUUGGCUUUGGGGUUGGUGAUUUUGGUGUUUAACGCAAGCCCUUCAGAUGCCACAAUUACAUGCCUUGAUGCCAUUGUAGCUUUGAUUCCCUGCGAGCUGUUUUUGGUGGGAUUUGGCCCAGCGGCACCAAGCCGCUCUUGCUGUAUGGGUGCUGAGUAUGUGUACAAACAGGCUAGCACCACCCAAUCACGCAGAGUUCUCUGUGAAUGUUUCAAACAGGCUGCAAUAGAUAUUGGUGCUUUGCCUGAGAGGGCCCAACUGCUUCCUCAAUUGUGCAAAAUCCAUAUUACUGUGCCAAUUGACGUCCAUGUGAAUUGCAGCAAACUUUCUAGAUGAAAUGGAGUGACGAACAUGGGGAAGGACUUGCAAUAACUGAAAAAAGUAUGAUCUGAUAAUGUUCUAGAGCUUGAUUCCUUUCUGCAAUCUGACAUGCAUAUAUGGGCAGCAAUUAUAUGAAUAAAGGGAUCUGUCUUGUAUCACAUGAAAAGUUUCACUAUAUUUGCAUUGUGUGCAAUAGCAUUAUCAAUCAACAUGGAGCUCAGUUGAUGUGUUUUCGUCUAGUGAGGCCAAUUUCAAGUUCUUUAAGUGUUAGUCAACAGUAUCACACUAUCAUAAGCGAUUGUGCGCCAUGGCUGUCUCUGAUGACAAUAGUU